AUGAAUCGACGGAUCCGUUAUUCUUCAACCUCUGGAGAAGAAACAGAUUACUUUGGUCGGAUCCCUUUUGAUAUCUUCAUCAGUAAUAUCUUGUCAAGAUUGCCGGUGAAGUCUUUAGGUCAAUGUCGUUGCGUAUCGAAGCUUUGGUCGUCCCGAAUUCGCUUUCCAAAUUACAACCAGUUGUUCCCGAUCAAGUCCACUGCUCCACCGCGGAUCCUUUUCACCAUCGAGUAUAAAGGAUACAUGAUCGUUAACCCCAUCACAGGAGAGUCUUUAAAGUUGCCCAACCUGAGUUUGGAGGAGGGUGCUAAGUCAGAGUGGCUAUUCGAUAAAGCAAAAUAUUCUUUUGGGUAUGAUCCAAUAGAGAAACAGUUCAAGGUAUUGUGUAUCACCUGGUUGCGUAGUAGUAGUUGUGGCUCACAUAACUUGUCCGAUGAUUAUCAAGUUCUCACGUUAGGGUCUGGAAAUAAAAAUCUCGUGUGGAGAAGAAAGAUCCAACGUUGCAAAAUUCAUUUUUCUUUAAACGGUGAUGCGAUAUGCAUCGAUGGUGUUUUGUACUAUCCUGUAGAGAUCUAUAAGGGCAAACGUGCCAUCCUUUGCUUUGAUGUUAGGUCUGAGAAAUUUAGUUUUGCCAAGAUUGAUGAAGACAUGGAAGAACGGAUGAGAUUAUUCACUUUCACUUUGAUCGACUACAAGGGUAAACUAGGUGUUUGUAGUUUUGAGUUUGGCGACAAUCUUCUGGAGGUGUGGGUUUUGGAGGAUGACAAGAGAUGUAAAUGGUCAAAGCGUGUUCACAGAGUCAUAAAUCAUCCGUGGUUGACUGUCGUACAGAAUAGAGCUAAUCGUGUAGGCAUUGCUGGAAUGACUGGUAGUUGCGAAAUUCUGUUAUACACAAGCUUCCCAGGACUAGAUCCCUUCUUCAUUUUGUACUACAACCUCGAGACCAACAUUCUCACAGGGGUUAAAGUUGAAGUUCCACUAAUUGAAAAGUUUCGUGGGCAGAGGAUUAACGUAUUUCCAAACUUUGUUGAGGAUAUGAAACUUAUGUAA